CACCGCUGGUCUCGCGGAUGCUUCUGGUUCGCUCGCGCUUCACUCGCAUGGAUGGGCGCGGCAAUAGUGACCUCCGCUCCUACUUCAAUCACCUUGACGUCAUCGACGGUGCCGCCUCGUUUGCCACUGCUGGCAAAGAAAUCUUCUCCACUCCAUUCUCCUCAGCCGCCGUCGAUGCAAACUCGUUUGCCAUUCCCUGCGCCGUAACCGCACGGUCCACCUCGGUACGCCGCCCAGCGGCUGCCGCAACCAUUGCUGCUGAGUCAGCAAAGAGGAAGCGAGGACGGCCGAGGAAGUACGGUGCGCGGCCAUCUCUCCCUUCCCUACCCACCACUGCAAUGUCCGCUUCAGCCAGGGAUCUUUCAGCGUUGGCGCAACGGUCAUCCCUUAGUUCCUCUUCAAGGAAGAAGGAAGCCACCUCAUCCAACUCUUCAGCUAGGAAUGCUCAGCUAACGGCUCUUGUUGAUGACUAUCGACCAAAUGGAAUCGUACUAUGAUGCAUGGAUGUAGGGAUUGCAGUUCAAAUGCAUGCAUGAACGUGGUUUUCAAAAAUACGUAUUUAUGCCUAGGUGACCAGGAAAGGGCUUCUUCUUGCUGGUGAUGAAGGCAAGCCUGAUGACUGUUAGCACAAACCUUUGAAUGGCGAGAAACUUGAAAGUUGAGUUGAAUGAUGUCAAAUGUGACAUAGAAAAAGAUUAAAAGUGACACAUCUACGGCAUUAGGGUCUUUCCAAUGCAGGGUAUCAGAAGGGGUCGAGGAUGGAUCUUGAAUUUUUGUAACUCUCGUACUAUCCAACAUGCGAGCGACUAAGAUUUGGAGUUGGAAUAACAUAGAAGAUUGAAAUUGUCAGUGAAAACAGUUAGUUAUUUUCUACUUCAGGGCAAUUUUCCUGAAGGGCCAGUCUUCCAUAAAUCUUUAUACAAAUAAUUGGAUAAUUACUCUUCUGUAGGAGGCAUGAUCUUGUGCAUGUUUAAAAUCACUGCAGGCAUAGCUGGAUUAGAAGGUAUAGUAUCACUUAAAAGUUCAAUGAUAGUUCUCUCUUUGCUUUACCUUAUUUCUUAAUAGUUCUAUUAUUUAAAUAAUUUAAAUGAGUCCACUACAGGAAUUUAAGCCAUUUCCGACAGAAAAAUCCUCUGCAAAACAACCCAAAUAUGUCGCUAAUCUAGCUUUGUAGUGAAUUUGUGGGGGAAUACAAUCUUACGCUAAAUAUCAUGUCGGAAAAUUAUUUGUGAUGGACAUAAUCUGUUGCAAAUAUUUUGUGGCGGAUUUAUGACGGAUUUGCGGCGGAAAAGUUUCCGUUGGAAACUUAAAAAAAAAAGGAAAAAAAAAACUUAUCAUAUAUAACCAAGGAAAUUGCAGUCCAGUCCGUGAAACUCGUAUGGCAUGCCAAGUCAUGAGGUUAGCAAAGUCCAGUUCGUUGAACCCGCGGAGCAGUGUGCCUAACCAAGAUGCCCGUGAAGCAAGUUUGUGGAAAUCUGUGCAGCGUGCAAAGGCAGGAGGCCCGCGACACGGCCUGUAAUGAGUAGCGAGCCCACGAAAUGACCCACAAUCACGCCUGUUCAUCGGUUGAGAUAUUGCUUUGCUUAUAAAAAGCAAAACACAUCUUUGCAUAGGCAAUGUGGGACUAAGUUGAAGAGAAAGGGGAAGGAGGUAGACCAACUACGUUGGCUUGUAAUAUUUUUAAUUAACUAAGUUAAUUACUUGGUUAAUUUAACUUAUUUAAUUACUUAAUUUAAAUUUAAUAUAAUUAACUAAUUUAAACUUAAAAUUUUA